AUGUUUGCAGGUUCCAUUGGAAUAGUGGUAAGCUAGCCUGUCCUUUUACUAAUUACAUAAAAAGUCUAUCUACAAAUACUGACUCCUUUGUUUGAUAGGCUGACGAAGAGGUGAAAUGUUUCGAGACUUUCAAAGCAGACCUCGACAAGAGUCGAAGAAGCUACAAUGCGGACAACGACAUUAUUAAACCAGAACUCGACAUCAUAAAGGAAAUUACUUUGCUCGAAGAAGUGAAAGAUAUUAGGGACGAACUUAAUAUCCUGAGGAGUAUUCUAGGUGAACAAAAGUCGUUGCUAAACAGGUUGCUAGAUUUAGUUGCAGGACGACAAGUAGGGGACAAAAAGGCCGUUGAGACGGAUCCUGUGCUUAACUACUAUUCCGAGAGGAGCGAUAUCAAUAUGAGAAUUAAGAAAGUGAAGAAGAUGGAUGCGGAUGCGGCUACAACUUAUGCCUCUGUAGGAUUUCCCAUGUGUAUUCAGCAACAAACCCCUGCUGACAUGUAUAGAUCAACCACCUUCUCGAUUUGAAACAAAAACAUGCCAACCUCUCCGAGGCCUCUCAGUGAGUUUUGGCUAUCUCAGGUAGCUUUGAGGGUACGCUAACAAUAUUUUCAGGGCUAGAGAACAGGCAGAACAGACCACUAAGCAGGGAAGAACUAUAAUGGUGUUCACAACUGUUACCAUUAUUUUCGUGAGCCCAUUUUACAACUUUUGA